GUUGAUUGGCACGUUUCCUUCCCUCAGCAUCUUCUAACGAUUUUCCUUAAAACUUCCACUAUGAAGGCAGUAGUACUGGCACUUCUCCUGGCCGUGGCCGCCGCAGACAAGGCCCCAUCCUUCAGCUACGACGCCCCUCGUGAACGCGUAUCCUCGACGUCCCCAGUCAGGCAAAUCGCCAUUGUCCGUGACGACCGCGUUCACCCUGCAGGCGGAGCCUAUAGCUUCGAUGUAGAGACUGAGGACGGCAUCGUCAGGAGCGAGUCUGGUGCCGCUGACGGCUCACAGCAAGGAAGAAUCAGCUUCACCUUCCCCGACGGCCAGGACUUCGAUCUCGAGUUCGUGGCCGACGAGAACGGCUACCAGCCCCAGUCCGCUUUCCUGCCCGUGGCCCCCGAGUUCCCCCACCCGAUCCCUCAGUUCGUCCUCGACCAGAUCGCCUUCGCCGCUGAGGAGGACGCUCGCAAGGCCCGUGGGGAGGACAGACAAGCAUCAGCUGCUCCUCGCCAGACAUACGGCGCCCCAAGCAAGUAAUAACAGCGCUUACGUCUAGUAAGGGUCUGUUAUAUCACCUCCCUGAUAUAUGAGUGCAACGACUACGCCGUUUGUGUUGUUUCAGAUGGCCAAAGCAAAGCGGUACCAUGUUCAUACUGUGUGAAUGUUGGAGCGUUUGCUCUAUGUAAUUUAUUAUCUGAAUGAAAUUCUUAUUGCCAAAUAAAUUAUUGCAU